AUGGGAAACAAUACAUCUACAAACGGUCAACUUGGAAAUCGACCCUCCUCGAACCACGCAAGGUCAACAACCACUAGAAAAUCCACUGCGUCACAGCAAGACCAGGUAAGGAAAUCUUCUGCAAGCACCAAUCAUAACAACUCCCUAGAUGAAGAGUUUAGUGACUUAAUAUUACAUCAAGUAGUCAAGCAACCUGAGUCAGGCCUAGCCCCAACGCAGCUGCUGUCAACUGUCCCAACGGUGCAGCUGCAGAACCAGUACAACCAGUUUUCAAAUGAUUUAAUCGAGGAUGAGUUUAACGAGGUGAAUGAUGGAUUAGUCGAAGAAUCGACGUCUUUAUCUCGAAGUAUAUUGCCUGACAAUAACUUUUUCGGUACUAAUCGCUCCAAAGGUGGAAGCUCUCAAUCAAGCGAUAAUAUGGAAUUGGAUGAACCAUUCCCUCAAGAUUCAGACGAAGUGCAGGAGUACGAGCAUCAACUAUCACAAACACCCACGCCAGACUUGUCCAAGGUGGAUUUCACCAAGAUAACCAAUCAAGUACAGCAACCACAGGUACACGAAGUAAAAGACUAUGCUACACGUCCGCCUCCAGCAACUAGGAUGCUAUCAGCAGCUUCUGUCGCUAGAAACGCCCAUUCACCCUCACCAAACCUCGAGCACCAAACUGACACCCAAACAAACCAGCACCACCACAACAAGCUGUAUAUAAACAACAAUCAAUAUUUACAGCAGCAAGGUCGUGCCAAGCAGUCCAAGAGCAAUAACCACCGUGAAAAUAUAUUGAUUCCAAUUGAGAUCAAGUGGGUCAAUACAAACAAGGAACAGAUUAACAAGAUUGCCAUUAUUGGGUCAUUUUCCAACUGGAGGGAUGUAAUCAAGUUGGCUCCGCUGGCGAACCACCCGGGAGAAUUUGUGACUACAAUCAACCUUCCUUUGGGUGUACAUAAAUUAUUGUACAUAAUCAAUAACGAAUAUAGGGUGAGUGAUCAACUACCCACAGCUACUGAUCAAGAAGGUAUAUUCUUCAACUGGUUUGAAGUUAUUGACGACACCCACUUGUUUAAUCAUUCAUUACAUCAAGCAAAUCACAUUGGUGCAAGCACUGAUUAUGAUGCUAAUAUAAUUUCUAAUCAAGACCCAAAUGCUAUAUCAUACGACCAGAACAAACAAAGACAAGAUCUGCCUUUUAACUCUACACCUCGAUUGGCAGGAAGGUACGAAGUGGAAAGGAUUCAGGAAAAGACUAAUGACUUGUUGCAUAAGAUGUCUAAGGAGUCAAGCUCACAGUUUGAGCAUUUAGAGUUUGUUGAGGAUGUUAAUGAUAAUAUGGUCGAUGAGGGGGACGCCGAGUUACAAGCCAAACAAGAACAACAACAACACCUGGAAAAUUACCCUUACGUACAACGCCAUCCCUAUCCUCAUUCGCGCCCAAGUUCUCGCAACCAUUCCGAUUCAGAACAAUUCAUCCCCUAUGAACUUUCUAAGUCCAACUCAUUCAUCCAACCCGAUAAAAGACUCCAAUAUUCAAGCGAGAUUCCCGAAAUGUUUGUCAAUUACGACUACUUCAAAUCAAAACCAGCCGACUAUGAAUUGCCUGAACCGCCACAAUUGCCCCCACAUUUAAAUAAUGUCCUUUUGAACAAGAUAUCGCAACAUUCAGGCAACUCGUCAUCAAACUUGAUUCCGUCGCCAUCAUCGCAGUUGAACAAUCCUAGUCAACUGCUGGCUUCAUCUCCUAGUUAUGCGCACAAGCGACCACCUUUGCGUAGAGCAGACAGUUCUUACUAUGCUUCAAAUAAGGAAGCUUAUCAUUUGUCGAUACCUAACCAUGUCAUUUUGAACCACUUGAUGACGACAUCGAUCAAGAAUGAGGUUCUCACUGUUGCUUGUAUUACUAGGUAUCUGGGUAAGUUUGUCACGCAGAUUAUGCAUUCCCCUGCUGAUGCAUAG